AGCGUGUUGAUGUGAAAAUGUGAUGAUGACGUCAGACGCAAAGAAGCGUCGCUGUGUUUUCGGUUGCAGGUGUCUCCAGCUAUCAGGAAGCAGUUAACAUACGUAGUGUACUAAGGAUGACAUUAGCAACAGUUGCCGUUGUGAUCCUUGCGAUAGGAGGAGUUGCUAUGUUUUCUGCUCUUCAUAAAAUUGAAGAAGGACAUGUGGGUGUUUACUACAGGGGUGGAGCUCUGCUUACUGGCACCAGUGGUUCUGGAUUUCAUCUGAUGCUGCCUUUUAUUACUACAUUUAAGUCUGUACAGACAACUCUGCAAACAGAUGAAGUAAAGAAUGUUCCAUGUGGCACAAGUGGCGGUGUAAUGAUCUACUUUGAUCGCAUUGAGGUUGUGAACUUCCUUGUUCCAUCAGCAGUGUAUGGCAUUGUGAGAAACUUCACUGCUGACUACGACAAAGCCCUGAUUUUCAACAAAGUUCACCAUGAGUUGAAUCAGUUUUGUAGCGUUCACUCACUUCAAGAGGUCUACAUAGGUUUAUUUGAUCAAAUAGAUGAGAAUUUGAAGCUCACCCUCCAGGAGGAUCUCACCAACAUGGCUCCAGGACUCAUUAUUCAGGCGGUUCGUGUUACCAAACCAAACAUCCCAGAAAGCAUUCGCAGGAACUAUGAACUAAUGGAGGGCGAGAGAACAAAGCUACUCGUUGCGGCUCAGACACAGAAGGUGGUAGAGAAAGAGGCAGAGACAGAGAGGAAAAAGGCUGUCAUAGAGGCAGAGAAGGUGGCUCAGGUGUCUGAAAUAAAGUUUGGACAGAAAGUUAUGGAAAAAGAAACUGAGAAAAGAAUAUCAGAAAUUGAAGACAGUGCUUUUCUCGCUAGACAGAAGGCAAAAGCAGAUGCAGAGUUUUACACUGCACAGAGAGCAGCUGAGGCCAAUAAGCUGACGCUCACCCCUGAAUAUCUCCAGCUGAUGAAAUUUAAGGCUAUAGCAACUAAUAGUAAAAUUUAUUUCGGAAACGAGAUUCCUCACAUGUUUAUGGACACGGGACCGGGAAGCUCCUCCGGCUCCUCAGUUGCCUCCAAAGCCUUUGAUGCUUUCUCAGAGGGGAUACUGGACUUAGAAUGAUGAGAUACACUUAAGAGAGAGAGACCUAGUUUGUAGCACAGAGACUAAGGCUAAACACAUAGGUGCCAGGCAUUAUACUGAACUGUUCAGCUGAAUGCUAUGAGCCCACUUCAGUAUAACUAACAUGGUAUCAGUUGGGUAAAAAGAAUACAUCUGUAUCUUAACAGGUGUUGGGUAUGCUCCUGUGACUUGGAGUUAAAAUUAUAUAAUUGUAUUACAGUAUGUUUUACUUUUUGCGAAAUGAAUUAGGUGGUUUAUUUGAAUCUGAGUAUAGUGUACAGAAGAAGCCAUUGAAUAAAAGGUGUUGUAUUCUUAGAGCUGAAGAUUUGUGCAUGUUUUAGUAUACAUUGAAUUUAUAAAAUGAAUCCGUUUUCAUUCAAAAAUAUGCUUUACUGAGAUGUUUAGGAGCUUUUGGUGUUAUAUUAUUUUUCUAAUUACUCAAUCUAGUCUCUUAAAGGGACACUCCACUUUUUUUGAAAAUAUGCUAAUUUUCCAACUCCCCUAGAGUUGAUUUUACCAUUUUGAAAUCCAUUCAGCUGAUAUCCGGAUCUGGCGUUAGCACUUUUAGCAUAGCUUAGCACAAUCCAUUGAAUCUGAUUAGACCAUUAGCAUUACGCUCAAAAAUAACCAAAGAUUUUGGAUAUUUUUCAUAUUUAAAACUUGACUCUUCUAUUGUUACAUUGUGUACUAAGACAGACAGAAGAUUAAAUAUAUGGCUAGGAACUCUACUCUCAAACUGGCAUAAUAAUCAAUGACUUAGCUGAUGUAACAUGGCUGCAGCAGGUGUAUUGAUAUUACGCACAGUCCCCUUGGUUACUUUCAAUGGCAGGGGACUAUUUCCGGGCAGUGCGUAAUAUCACUACGCUUUCUGCAGCCAUGUUACAUCAGCUAAGUCCUUGAUUAACACCUCAAUGAGAGAAUAGUCCUAACCAUAUCUGCCUAGAAAAUCACAGCUUUUAAUUUUCUGUUGGUCUUAGUACACGAUGUAACUACAGAUGAGUCAAGUUUUAAAUAGGAAAAAUAUAAAAUCUCUUUGGUUAUUUUUUUGCCCAAUGCUAAUGGUCUAAUCUGGGAAAUGACCAUAUUUUCAAAAAAAAGUGGAAUGUCCCUUUAAGGCCAAUUCACACUGGUCCAACAACAACCCAAAGUCCAACAAACCCCAACAUUCUAAAGUCUCAUUUACUUUGAUCCAACAACUACCAACAGGGGUUUCACACUGACACUUGGCGUUUGUUGGAUCAGUGUGAAUUGGCAAUAAAAUGAUCUUUUACUGUACCUCAGGGACUUGCUUAUUUAUAUUAAGUUUAAAUUUCAUGUGCUUUCAAAAAGCACUAAACAAACACUGUCUACUAGAUUAAAAAAAGACAUUUGUAAAAUUCA